GCCGCAGUUGCCGCUGCUUUCGUCAUCGAUGCUUCCAGUUUCCGCGUCGAGAGGUGUGUCGGCGUGUGUUUGCUUGUGACGCUUCGGGGACGACUGACUCACAGUGCGCCGGCUUCCGUGCUACGUAAUGUGCCAAAACAUCGCCCAAAGUUCGGCGGUGCUCUCCUGCUAACAGCCGUUGCACUUCUCCGUGUCUUACCGGUAGCCGUCGUAAUCUCCGGACGGAGCUCUUGACGGACCGGCGUUGAGGUGGUUGAAAGUGCGGAUAUACUACGAUUGUUAUCGCAUAGGGCGGAGGUAGGACGAGGUAGGUUCCUGUAAACACACGAACGGCAUACCGUCCCCGCUCCGAUACCGCUACCUUGUCGCCGACAACGUCCCCACUCCUCCGGUGACACGAUGUCGACUUGGAAAGCAGCGGUCGGCACCGACUUGAAGGUGCAGUCGCAAGACGUCGACGAUGACUGGGAGACCGACCCCGAUUUCGUGAAUGACGUGACUGAAGAGGAACAGCGCUGGGGUUCGAAAACCGUCGAAGGCUCUGGACAUGUUGCCGACGCUGUGAAUAUCAACGAACUUCGAGAACAGGUCACCAAGGAUGAUGCGGCCUACAAGAAGCGAGUGCUUGAAGAACUGCCCAAGGCUUCCUACGGAUAUGGGGGCAGGUUUGGGGUCCAGAAUGACAGAAUGGACAAGUCGGCGGUUGGGAACGAUUACGUCGCAUCGCUCCACAAGCAUGCCUCUCAGACGGAUGCCGUCAAGGGUUUCGGUGGCAAGUUUGGUGUCCAGAAGGACCGUCAGGACAAGUGUGCUGUUGGCUGGGAACAUCAUGAAUCAGUCGAGAAGCACGCUUCUCAGAAAGACUACAGUACUGGAUUUGGUGGCAAGUUUGGUGUCCAGAAGGAGCGCCAGGACAAAUCUGCAGUGGGCUGGGAGUUUCAUGAGAAGACACAGAAACAUGCCUCACAGACUGACUAUGCCAUUGGCUUUGGUGGCAAGUUUGGAGUCCAGAGUGACCGGCAGGACCCGUCGGCUGUUGGCUGGAACCACAUCGAGAAGGUGGAGAAGCAUGAAUCACAGAAAGAUUAUUCCAAAGGGUUUGGCGGAAAGUUUGGCAUAGAGAAGGAUAAGCAGGACAAGUGCGCGCACACGUUUGCCGAAGUUGAGAAGCCCAAGCCUGCAUACCAGAAACCGAGGCCUGACAUUGAGGUGACCUCAGAGCGAGCCAAAAGCCUACGCUCCCGGUUUGAGAACAUGGCCAAGGCCGGCGAGGAGGAGGCACGGAAGCUUGCAGAUGAGGAGCGGAAGCGGAGGCUCCAGAAGGACCAGGUUGAGAAGGAGGCGGCCAAGAAGUCCGAGGAAGAGCGCCAGAAGCGGCUCCGCGAUGAACACAAGCGCAUCGACCAGCUUCAGGAACAGCUGAAGGCUGCCGAAGGCCACGACCGUGACGAGGAGGUUUCGGAGCGGAAGCCCCGGUCCGACAGCGCCGGUAGCCAGCCCGACGAGUCAGAGCUGAUCCGGCCCGGCACGCGGAAAAACCAUUCUCGAGUCUCGGUCAUCCCCCGGGAGCUUGUGGUGCCAACUAAGCAGGUGACCAGCCCCGACGUCUCCCCAACACAAGAGACCGAACCGCCGCUGCCGCCGAAGACUGCAGCUCCUCCCGUUGCAAAGGUGUCUGCGAUGCCCGUAGGUGCAGCGGCGCUGUUCGUGGAAGACGAACAAGAGGCGCCUACGGCGGCACAGGUCGUGGAACAGGAGCCGGAACAAGAACCUGCCCCGGUGGUCGAGGAGGCCCCCAAGAAGAUCGUGCCGCAGAUCCACCACUCGCCGGUCGAGUCGGAGUCGAGCCCGGAGUCCGGACCCGGUGAAUCCAUGGAAGAAGGAAUCUAUGAGCAUUUGGAGCCCGUGUCGACCGAGAAGAAAAUGUCAGCUGUAGCAUUGUACGACUACCAAGCCGCUGACUAUGAUGAGAUAUCCUUCGACCCUGAUGACAUCAUCACAGACAUUGAAACGAUCGACGAAGGCUGGUGGCGUGGGAAGUGCAACGGAAAAGUCGGCCUCUUCCCGGCAAACUAUGUUCAACCUCUUUACUGAAACUUGCACCUCGAAGAUGAGCUUGUCUGAAACACGUUUGUGCCACUGUCUACGAUGAAGAUGGUGCAGAUUCUUCCGCAACUUGCUCAACGGCGUUCUUCUUUGGGCAUCCAAUGUGGGCAUCAUUCACCCAUCCAAGACUUUGACAUUCGGUUGUGACCUGUCGACGGCAGUUUCUCAAACAACCAUUAGUGGCAGCUUUCGUUGUCACCUAUUGAUUGUCACUUCUUCACACUACCAUUUCGACUACCGAACUGAACCAAGGUGUACGAUGAAGUAUGUUGAACGUUGUUUCAUUUUGGUGAUUCACGUCUAAGGUCAAGUGGCACUUCUCGGCAUGAUGCCUUCCUCGAAAUGAAUUGAGUGACGCUGGGUCACAGGCUUUGUAUGGGACCGGACAAUCUGUCAUUUUACUGCAGGUGACAGUGAUUUACUUUAUCUUAUCCCUUGGCAAAUCACUGUAUGUGAUGAGUGAUUUGUGAAUGAAGCAAAAGGAGGCCAUAGAGUGUGAAAGUGAGUGUUCGUUCACAAUUUUAGUAUGGCAACACAUCAGAAAGUUUUAACCUACUGUUAUAUAUAUGCACUUGACAGAAUACCAGAACACCAGAGUCAUGGAGGGCAGUAACAAUGCUGGUAGCUGUACCUUGUGGUGGUUUGUUCAACUACAGAGCGUCAGAAAUGUGUUCUUCUUCAUGCUAUUCUUUUCAAAUGAAAAAUUAAAACAGUCACUACUCGUUUGUGAUUAUGGUGUUGCUGGCACCUUUACACCAGCAACUGAGUAGAACGCAGCCAGUCUUGCAAUAAUAGUUGAACUCAACAUCACCAGAUGGCGCCACCACAGCGGCUGCUCACAUCUACGUCACCACUUUUCCCUAAAGGGUAGUACAUUCACGAACAAGCCAAAACUUGGUUAUCCAUAGAGGGAGUAAUUUGCAUGGGCAGUCUCAUCUCUCAUGUGAAGUUACUCUAAAUAAAGUGUUAAAAACCUAUUUCCAUAGGUUUUAUUACGUGCGCAUUUAUGUGCCAGCAGGGUCAUACCAGAGGUACGGAUCCUUGGGAAGUGUUGAACACCGUAUGUGCCACUGGUACACGUGAGUCAUCGAAAAGUAGUCCGUGAUCGUAUUCUUUGCAACAGAAAAUGUUCAAGGUGUACUAGCAUGAAAUUGUAGUUUGUUUAGCACUUUCGGGCAAGUACGACAACGGUUGAAGGCUGUGUUUCACCUUGUAUGUACACAGGUCUGAAUUUUGUGACUGACCCAAAUCAUUAUUAAUUUAUUACUUAUGCCUACCUUUGUGAGAAAUGUUAUUGCUCCAGAUUUGUUGAGCGUAUUACUGUAUUUUUAGAACGUUUUGUUUCUUUUUUUCAAGUUGUGGUGAUGAUUAUGAAAGUGUAGAAAGGUGCAGUUCUGCUGCUUCAGAUAUUUGUUGUAGGUUAGUUGACUAUAACAGGUUUUAUUUCACUCUUUUACUCUUCUGUGUCCAAUCCUGCUUUAUCUUAUUGUACAUCAACUCUUUUUUUACACAUUAUAUGUAUUUGUAUUUUUUUUUUAUUAGAAAAUGUCUAUUGGGUCCAGUUUUAUCGGUUUUGAUGCCUCCCAUCUGAUGGGACCGCUCUUCAAGCUAAUUCAAUCCAAUGAAUGCCUUUCCGAGAUGUUCUUUUCCUUCUUUUUUGGUUUUUGAAAGGCUUGUUGUAUUUUCGGUGCUUUUAUAUUCACUCAUGUUUGUGUAAUUUAAAUGCUUAAUUCAUUCCAGAUUCUGGUGCAAAAUUGUGCAGGCACUUUGCUUUCAGAAAGUUCUUUUUGCCUCCGAUGUCACGUGAACAGUGUUCACCAUGUGCUCCCGCCUUGCUGUGCUGAAGACAGCUGAUGAAAGCGCGGUUCUGGCCAAUGACUAAAGUGCAAGGGAGCGUUCAGAAAGUGAAAUGCUUGCACGGUCUUGCUCACAAUCUACUUAAUUACACAUACCACACGUGUACUUAUCCAAUGUUAAUCGUGGGUUCUUAAUGUGGUGCCAAGUUUUUUUUUUUUUCACAAGGUAUUUUAGAGUCUAUCGUAAGGCUCCGUAGGAAUGAUUAUGACACUAAGCAUGCAAGGAGCAGAUGUGUGGUAUUUAUAAACUUCUGUUUGGUUCUUGUAGGCUUCCAGCGCACAUGUGCGUAAAUUAAUGUAGCAAAGUGUUUCAGGGUCAUUUGCACUAUCAGACAUCAGUUAACAAGCAAUCUGUUCUGGCAACCGUAAAUUUUUUGUUCUGCACGGACGCCAUUAACUGGGCUACACUGUUUGUACAAUUACAUGGAUUUCGCAAUAAACAAUCAUAUUGUUUUCAUACAAUA